AUGGAAGCAUUUGUCAGGACCAAACGUAAAAAACGAAAAACACGUAAAUAUCUCGAUGAAAUGAGAAAAAGAUGUCGUAAAGAUUUUGCCUCAUUAGAAACGCAAUUCAAAAAAAAAUGUAUUGAAAUAAAACAUAAUUAUAUAAAAGGAAAUUUGUCCAAGAUAAAUAUGUUUACAAAUGCAGUGCGAUCUGAAACAAUUACCAGGCCAUUGUUUUCAAACAUACGUUGUGAACAGCACCAAAGCAAUAACAGAAAACGUAACACUCAUUCAAAAGCCGUUAAAGACAUUGUUGAUUGUCAUCAAAGUUCAUCAAAGCCAUGCAGAGAUUACAUUAUUAAUCACGAAUUAGACACAAACAACAUCCAAAACUAUAAUGAUAUUAAAGAAAACUGUUCUGAUGAAUUAAUUCCAUCAAGUCCCUUAAAAUAUAUGUCUGUGGAAAGUUGCAAUUUUGACAGUGCUAACAAUGAAAAGACAAUGUCGUCUAGCUUGUCUGAAGAUAAUUAUGGAAAUCUCUUGUAUGAAGAACUCUUAGAUACCAUUUCUAUGUAUAUCAAAAAUAAUUUUUUGACUCCUAAAGAUGACUUGGUUGUUAGAAAAACUAAAGAAUCUUUACAAAAAAUCCGCCCCCUAACGUUUCAUAAUGAAAUUAAUAAGAUUUGUAUUGCAACAAGUGAUGAUUGGGAAGGAUACUCAAUAAAAGAAAAAAUUAUCCAAAAUCCUAUGGAUUACAUAAAACUUGGCUGUAUGAUGCGUAGUAGUUACUAUAAUCACAGAGAGGAGGAUUCUGAUGAAGACCCGCCUACUAGGGAUGGCUCAUAUUCAUCAUAUUAUGAGACACAAAAUCUGCAUUCACCACUAUCACACAUGCCAGAAUACGAUUUUUUUCCACACAAAUUAAAUUUAUAA